UGGACGAACACUUGUAUGAAAAAGGAGUUAAUUCAGCCAGACCUCCGAGGAAGAUCUCCUUCAAAAAGCCUGCUCUAUGAUGAGUUGGUUUCUCUUCAAGUGGCCUUCUAUCUACGCUCUAAAAAAUUUAAUGUAGACCCUAUUAUGGUCAAAAAUUAUUUUGAACAAGAAAUCUUCCCCCUGUUGAACAUUGAAUCUGUGCAAAGUAUUUCGAUUAGAACAGCACAUCAGUGGAUGCACAAGCUCAGCUUUCGUUAUCAACGAUAUCAGAAAGGUUUAUAUGCAGAUGGGCAUGAGCGCUCUGACGUCGUCAAAUACUGCCAAACUUUUCUCCUAGAGGUUGCCCAGCUUGAACAAUUUAUAUCCAAGUGGGUCGAUCCAGAAUGCAAAAUGAGGACCUUUCCCGAUCUACAUUGUGAUGAAAAGGAACAUGUAUGGGUAACAUACGAUGAAACUACCUUUUAUGUUUAUGAUGGACUACAUUCUGUGUGGGGCCCAGAGGGAGAACAGCUAUUGAGAAAAAAAGGGCUGGGUACUGCCGUAUACAUAAGCAACUUCUUAACAGAAACUAUAGGAUCGCUUAAAGAUGAUCAGGAAGAAGCACGUGUAAUGAUGGUUUUGGGUACUAACCGUGAUGGUUAUUGGGACUCUGAAAAACUCCUUGAGCAAGUAAAAUGGAAUGCGCUUGUGGCUUCAAAAAUAAAUCUUGGUUCAGGUAGUUUGGCUCCAAAAAUACGCGAAACUAUGUGGAAUGGUAGUCGUCAGUCAAUGUGGGAUAGUAUAGUGCUUGAGUGUAUUUCAUGUAAAAAAAAAGAGGCAGAUCCAAAUAUUAUUGAUUGCUGUAUGCAUCAGUUAAUGGCUAACCAGCCUGACUUUCUUGAGCAACGUGGUCAAAUUCAGCAAAAAAUUGAGUCUCGUAGGCAUAAG